AAAAGACAGAUAGAAAGUUUGGUCCUUGUUCAACCAACAGGGUGUUACAAUGGUCUCUACUGGUGUUGCAGCCUGUAUCAUGGCGCUGGUGUGUGCCUGUUGCAUGUCUGAUUCUACUCAAUCCUUUGGGAACAGAUAUCCGUGGAAUCAGGAGAGGCAGCAGUCGGUGCAUGCUGUGGUUGAGUACACAGGAGUGCAGGAGCACAAGUCCAAAUUAAGCGAUGUUCCUGGAAUAACACCUGAACGCAAGUGGGAGAUGCCGAAGUAUCUAGUCAAGAACCCUUCUGGUCGACAUUUCCCUCAAGCACCGAUGCUAAAUAACCAAAAAAUACUUGUAUCUGAUUGGCAGGGAAAUGAAGCAUGGGAUGAAUCUAAUCAUCAAGAACCACAACAACCAACCACAACACCUCCUGUGAGGGCUAUUUGGGUAACUAGGUUUCCUGACGCUAAGAUGUUUCAGAAAACAAAGUAUUCAGCAGAUGAUCCCAUCCAGAGUCCAGAACUUCGAAUACUUCGUAGUCCAGCUCCAACUGCUGAGCUUCCAACUGAUUAUUUUCCAACAAGUGAGAUCCCAACUGACGAGCUUCCAACUGAUUACUUUCCAACUAGUGACACCCUAGCUGAUGAGUUUCCAACCAUUGAGGCUUCAACUGAUGACUAUCCAAUUCAUGAGAUCCUAGCUGAUGAGCUUCCGACUAGUAAGGCCUCAACUGACGAGCUUCCAACUGAUUACUUUCCAACUAGAGACACCCUAGCUGAUGAGUUUCCAACCAUUGAGGCCUCAACCGAUGACUAUCCAAUUCGUGAGAUCCUAGCUGAUGAGCUUCCGACUAGUAAGGCCUCAACUAACGAGCUUCCAACUGAUUACUUUCCAACUAGUGACGCCCUAGCUGAUGAGUUUCCGACUAUUGAGGCCUUAACUGAUGACUAUCCAAUUCGUGAGACCCUAACUGAUGAGCUUCCGACUAGUGAGACAAUCACGGAGUCGUUUCAAGACCAAAACCCUCUUCCUCCACGUAUCGUUAAGGAGCCAGAAGCCCCACAGUCUGUCAUUGUUCAUUGCGGUGAGAGUCUGCUCCACCUGCAAGUGAAGAGGGACUUCUUUGGGACAGGCCAGUUGAUCAGUCCAUCGAACAUCACACUCGGUGGCUGUGCGCCAACAGGGCUCAACUCUUCCUCUGACAUGUUGCUGUUUGAGACUGAACUGCACAAGUGCGGAAGUCGUGUUCAGAUGACCGAUAACCUAUUAGUUUAUAAAUUUACCCUAUCCUACACAGCAGUGUCCACCGAGAACCCCCUGAUUCUGAGAACACGUGAUGCUGUGGUCAAUAUUUCAUGUCAAUACCCGAGGUUGCAAAAUGUGAGCAGCAGUGGCCUAAUGCCGACCUGGAUGCCCCUCCACCACACUAAAGCCUCUAAUGCAACUCUGGACUUUUCUUUGAAGCUUAUGACUGAUGACUGGACUUCUGAGAGGGCUUCGGGCAAAUAUUUUUUGGGGCACAUCAUGAACAUUGCCGCUUCAGUUAAUCAGUCCCAUCAUGCUCCUUUUCAUGUAUUUGUGGAAGACUGUGUGGCUUCUCUGAAAUUAGGCAAACAAGCUGAUCCUGCUUAUUUUCUCAUUGAGAAGCAUGGGUGUCUGUCUGACUCGAAGCUGGCCAACUCUCGUUCUCGCUUCAUGCCCACUACACAGGAUGACAUGUUGAGAUUUCAGUUGGAGACCUUCAGGUUUGCUGGUGCCAGCAAGAGUCCGUUGUACAUAACAUGCACCCUUGUGGCAGUAUUGAACACCAGUAUUGCAGAUGGCAUACAUAAAGCAUGCCAUUUCUCCAAGGAAAAGGACCGGUGGGUCAGUGCAAGUGGGAAUGAUCAGGUCUGUAACUGCUGUGAAGCACAAAAAUGCCCACAAAGAACGACAAGAAGCCUUAACGAUUUUAAGAGGUCUAUAGUACUAGGACCAAUCACUAUCCUGAAGAGGAUUCCAGCCAAGGAAAGUCCUGGGCUUUUUAGUUUCCCAUGAUUUCAGGUGCAUGACAGAAGACGGUGUAAUUUCAUUUACACGUUUGUGUAAUAAUAAUAAAGUGUAUAUUUGAUUCAGA